AUGUCUGCACCCUCUUCUCCCCAUUUCUCUUUUCCCCUUCUCACUCCCACCCUCUCUCCGUCCCACCCUCUCCACCCUCACUGUUUAUCCCCAUGCCUGGAUCUGGCCUGCCAUCCACUACACACCGCAUUCCUUCCAUCGCGUUGCAGGUUCGUCUUUGAGUCGCCGCUCCCAGUGGACCGCCUUGUCUCCAUGGUAGCAGACAAAUCCCAUGUGUGCACGCAGCGCUCGUGGAGCUGCGCCUACGGCGUGGGGCCGCUGGUGGCUGGCUUCGACCAGACCGGCCCGCACAUCUUUCAAACCUGCCCGUCAGGCAACUUCUGGGAAUUUCACGCCAUGGCGAUUGGGGCGCAUUCGCAGGCCGCCAAGACGUACCUAGAGUGCAGGUUUGAGUCAUUCGGGGCGUGUUCGCUGGACAAGUUGACGUUCAGCAUUUUGAGUGAUGCGCGGGUGCAGGGGCAUAUAAAUAGGAUGGAGAAUGAGGGCUCUGAGGGUGGGCAGAGAGGGGCGGUGAAGGAGGAGGAUGAGAAGCCGGGGCAAGGGAAAGGAGGGGAUGGUGGUACAGCGUACGGCGUAGAGAUAUCCUCCCGAAAUCUCGGCCUCCUCCAUUCCCAGCCAUCAAUUCCUGUCCCGUCAUUUCAAUUCCGCCAUUUUCUCGAAUCUCUCCGUCUUCUCAACGCCUCGAGAAAAUCGCUGUCCGACAUUGCCCACUUCACCGCAUCGCCGCUCCGCGCGCAUCUAAUCUAUUCCACCGCUGUUCUAGCUAUUCUAGCGAUGGGAGGAGACGAGCUACCAGGGCAGGGGAAGAAAGUCUGCGUCACGGGAGCGGCAGGCUUCGUGGGCAGCUACGUGGUGAAGAUGCUGUUGGAGCGUGGCUACCACGUGCGCGGCACCGUCAGGGACCUCGACGACCCGCGAACCAACUGGCUGCGCGGCCUCGCGGACGGCACGCCGGGCACGAUCCAGCUGUUCGCGGCGGAUCUGACGGCGCCGGGGAGCUUUGACGAGGCGGUGGAGGGGUGCGAGCUGGUGUGCCACGUGGCGGCCAUGGUGACCGCCACCAACCGCGACCCGCAGAGGAUCGUCGCGACGGCGCUGGACGGCACGCGGAAUGUGUUUGCGUCCAUCCUGAAACACCAAUGCGCCAAAAAGGUGGUGAUGACGUCAUCAGUGGGAGCAGUGUCGGACCGCAUGUUCCCGUCAGACCACGUCUUCACGGAGGCUGAUUGGAACCGCCAGCUGUCGCUGCGGGAGGCGUACAGCAUGGGGAAGACGCUGGCUGAGAAGUACGCGUGGCGGGUGGCGGACGAGCUGAGGGGCGUGGAGUGGAGGUUCGACCUGGUCACGCUGUGCCCCACCUUGGUGCUGGGGCCCGUGUUGAGGGAGGAGCACGUCAAGGGCAGCCCGCAGGUGGUGAAGCAGCUGUUGGACGGCACGCUGUUCCUGGCGCCGGACCUGCACUUUGGCAUGGUGCACGUGGCUGACGUGGCACUGGCACACGUGCUGGCGCUGGAGAAGGACGGCAUGAAGGGGCGCUACAUCCUGUGCAACGGGGACACCAUGUCGCUGCUACAGAUGGCUGACGUGCUGCGCUCCAAGUACCCGCACUACCGGCUGCCGUCCAUGGGCAUGCCGGACUGGAUGGCGCUGCUGGCAGCGCUGGUGAACCCGGCGGUGGGCAUCGACUUCAUGCGGCGCAACCUGGGCGUGGUGCACUGGUACAGCGGCAGCAAGGCCGAGAACGACAUGGGCAUCAUCUACCAGUCGUCCAGAGUCGCGCUCAUUGAGGCCGCCACGUCGAUUGUGGAGCUCGGUCUGCUUGAUAGGAAGUGA